CGUACGGUGCCGGUGGUCUGCUGCGUAAAAUCUCCCUGAAUUUAGACGGUUUCCUCUACCUUAAUUCUAUCGACAGGUGUAGAUCCCAUUUUGCAGCAUGGCAGAGUCAGAAAAUGAACCAUCGAGUGAAAACGAAGAGUUUCUUUCUCCUGUGAAGGAUGAAGUAUCAGACAGAGACUACACCCCACCACCAAGGCAGAAGAAGCAGAGAGUGAGGAGAUUACCAACUCACAAAGCUACAUGCCCCAAGAAUCCCAGCAGGAGACUCAUAUUCUCCUCUCAAGAUGAACAAGACCCCUCUCCACUGAGGCAUUGCAUGAAGAAAAAAAGAAAGAUGAGACGCAGGAAGAGUGGACGAUCAAAGAAGCAAAAGUUUGAGGGUCGGAACAUCGAGGUAUUGGGUACCUGGGUCCAAUGCACAAACAAGGAUUGCAUGAAAUGGCGUUACCUGUCUGACAUCACCGACCCAUCGCAUGUACCAGAUGUGUGGACUUGUGAAAUGAAUUCCGACUCAUCAUACAACUCAUGCCUGCUACCAGAGCAGGAUUAUUCUACACUGGAAUUCGUUCAUGCCAAAUUUACCGAGGGAUCACUUGUUUGGGCCAAAAUGCAGGGAUUUCCAUGGUGGCCAGCUAUGAUUGAAGAAGACCCUGAUUCUGAGCUGUGCCUGUAUCCAGAUCCAGUAACAGGAUAUGUGACUGACUACCAUGUUGUUUUCCUGGACAAGAAAGUCACAAGGUGCUGGGUCAAGGUGUCUAACAUCCAGAAAUAUGAAGAUGCAAAAUGUCCUGGUUCGAUGAUUGUCAAGGGUCAUGACUACUCUCAGAGGAUCAUGGCUGCGAAAGAAGUAGCAGAUGAGGCACAGAAACUACCUAUCAAGGAGCGAAUCAAGACCUUUGGCUUCAGUGCUCGCUUCAAGGGUCCAUGGGGUGAAGAUACAGAGAAAACAAGCGAUAAGAGACAAAAAACAGAGCUGCAUAAGAGUAAAGGCCCCAAACCUAAGAAACGGGUGAUCAUGGAUGAGGAUUCCAGCCUUGCAGGCUCACUCCUAAGCCACUCCGACAUGGAUGAUAUCCUAGAUGAGGCCGAGGCACUUCUUGGAGAAGUCCACAACAUCGUCAUGGAGGUGGAGGAUGAGGUACAAGAGAGCCUUCUUCAAGAGAUGGAGAAAGGUGAAAAGGACUCUCCACCACCAUCAAAAAAGAGAAAAGUAGAGAGUGGCAAGAAUGAUGAGCAACCCUCAAAGCAGAAGCAGGGUACCUCUGAGAAUACUGAUGUCAGUUCACCUAAACCUGUGACAAGCAGAAAGAAAUCAAAGAAAGCACCAAAGGAGAAGCAAAGUUCUGAGACAAAAAUGGCUAAAGAACUUGAAAGAAUUCAGAAGAAAAAGGAGGCAGAGCUGCAUAAGUUGGAACUUCAAGAACUGAAAGUCAGAGAAAAGAUAGAGAGAAGAGAAAAGGAGAAGCAAGCAAAGAAGGAACAGAAGGAAAAGGAGAAGCAAGAGAAGAAGGAGAACAAGCAGAAGGUAAGACAAGAAGAAAAGGAACAGAAAGAGAAAGAAAAAGAGGCAGAGAAGGAAAAAUCUAAGCACGAGAAAAAGGAGUUGAAGCGGAAAGAAAAGGAAGCAAAGAAAGAGUUGAAGAAGAAAAAGAAAGCUGAGAAGAAAUUGCUAAAGGAGUCUUUGGAAGGUGAAAAAGAUGCUGCUAUUGAAGGUAAGGAAAGUGCAGUUGAUGCUGAAAAAGUUGCAAGGAAGGAGAAGAAACGUUUGGAAAAGGAAGAAAAGAAAAAAAUGAAGAAAGAGAUGAAAGCAAAGAAAAAGGAAGAAAAGAAGAAAGAGGGGAAUGAUGGAAACUCAACUGAUCAGAAAGAGAAAGGGGCGGCAAAGGUGAAACCUAGUUUCCAGAAAGCGAAAAAGCCAACAUUCAGCGCACCAAAGCAGAAAGCUGCAAAAUCACCAUUAGAUCUGCCAGCACAGCCAACCACGGCAGAAGAAUCUUCAGUCAGCAAAGAGAUUGGAGCUCUCAUUGAUGAGAUCGUUAAUGAGACAGACCGAUCGAUCAAAGUUGAUGUGGUCGAGUCAUCAGUAGCUGCAAGUGAUGUUCCUGCAGUUCCAUCGUCUGCUCUCCAAAGUACCCAUGGUAUCGGAAAAAUUCCUGUGAAGAAUGUGAAGAAACAAUUCAAACCAAAAUUCAGCAUCAAAACCAAAGAUGGGCAAAGGGUUUCUGAGGCAACUCUCCCAGAUUGUACAACUUCCUCAGCUGCACCCACUCCUGUAAAUGAUGGUGGUCGGGACACUGGUCUGGACGCUCUCGAUGAAGAGACGUCUGUUGAUAUCAGCAAAAUCCUUGAGGUCAAUUCCAAACAAGACAGUACUGUAGAAACGGAUCAAGCCCAAGAGAACAACAGUGAUCCUCUUGCAUUUCCUCUGUCUGAGAUGACAGGCAAGCAGUUGGAACUCCUGCCCAAGUCUGAGAAUCAGGAUUCUCCACCCAAGCGUUGUGUCAACCUUGAUGAAGCACAAGGACAGGACUCCCAUCCUACCAAGGAGAUCAACGAUGUUAUCACUGACUCAACCAAACUUGUGAAGACCCUAGAGAAACCCAUUAAAGAGUACAUUCCAGACUCAACGGAUUGGUCAGAACCUGAUGAGCCCCAGACAGUCCCAGGUCAGAAAAUGGUUAUGGUUGCUGCAGCUGCUAAUGGGAAUGACAGUGAGGACUCCGAUCCAUUUGAAAUGGAAGAUUAGAUUUAUUCUGUCACGGCAUUGCAUAGCAAAGAAGAGCUUACUUCUUUUUCACAAGGAAAAAUGAUUUUAUAAGUUGUUUUCCUUUAUUUUAAUAUUGUUUUUCCACAAGAAGUAGUUUCUUUUUAAUACAGUAAACAACAUAAACAUGUUUUCAUGAGCAAUUUCAUAUUUGAUUUUCAAUAUGAUGGCUUUAUAGCUUUUAAAAUAUUUUAGAUCACUUAUCUACAAUGAAUUUAAAAGUCAUUAACUUGAAGAACUAGCUUUAUCAUUUUUUU